AUGGCCAGGUGUGAGAGCAGUGAAUCUGUCCCGCGAAGCCCCUCCCUCGACAGCGCCGAGUUAGAAUAUGCCCACGCCGCUCGUAGAGGUCAACGCUUGGCCGUUGGUGCCAUCUAUGGCUCCAGGGGGUCAGCCGCGGAGGUCAAAGGUCAGGGCGGAGGUCCCGGAGAGGACACGGCAGAUGGGGACAAGAGCAGAGGGAAGAAAAGUGUGUCCACGAAAGGAGGAAAGUAUGUGGUGUUUUACCUGGACUUAUCCUUUGUGUUCCUGUUAGAGUACCAGAGACUGAAGAUGGCGCGAGGCUGCCUGUGUUGUGUCAAAUAUAUGAUGUUUCUCUUCAACCUUCUCUUCUGGUUGUCGGGAUGUGGCUUGCUGGGUGUUGGGAUUUGGCUGUCUGUGUCCCAGGGCAGCUUUGCAACCUUCUCACCCUCCUUCCCUUCUUUCUCUGCUGCCAACCUUGUCAUCACCCUUGGCACGGUAGUCAUGGUGACAGGCUUUCUUGGCUGUCUGGGAGCCAUCAAGGAGAACAAGUGCCUGCUUCUUAGUUUUUUCAUUGUCCUGUUGAUCAUUCUGCUGGCAGAGCUUAUUCUACUCAUCCUGUUCUUUGUGUACACUGAUAAGAUUAGUGAGAAUGCAAAGAAGGACCUGAAGGAUGGCUUGAGACUCUCCAACACAGACAACAAUGUUGGCCUGCGCAAUGCCUGGAACAUCAUUCAGGCUGAGUGGGAGUGUUGUGGUGUGACUGGGCACACAGACUGGCAUGAAGCCCUGCAGAAGAAGAUGGUGCCUGAUCACUGCUGUCAGGAGCAUUAUAAAGAAUGUGGCAGCAACACCACCAGUGUCUUCUGGACAAGGGGCUGCUUUGAGAAGGUCGAAGAGUGGCUGGAUGACAACAAGCAUGUACUGGGAACCAUCGCCAUGUGUGUGCUAGUCAUACAGCUCCUCGGCAUGGCCUUCUCUAUGACUCUGUACCAGCAGAUCCACAGAGUGGGGAAGAAAUACAAUGCUUAGAAGGACAGUGCUCCCUCCAAAACUACAACUCCCACAGUCCCAAUGCUGCCUCAAGAUUCCUCCUCAUUCCUGUCACCGCCAGACAUGGUAUUGAGGAACUUGGGAGAUAGUGGAAUAUUUGCUUUUUAUGAUCCACCUUUAGAUUUUAUAUAUAGAAUGCUUCUCACAAAAGACAUUUCUACAUUGUAACAAUUGAGAGUUUAUGGCCCUUAACUUCUUCUUAAAGUAAACUUGAGGUGACCAUUUCAAAGGAAAGCAAGCAGAGAAGAAUCUGAAGAGAACAUGAGGAGAGUGUAAGGACCUUUGAAUCUGAGGAAGUUAGUAUUAAGGACCUUUGAGUUUUAGGAAGUUAGUAUGAGUGGCACCCUUUGGGAAUGUAUUCUCCAGGACUCUGGGGGGAAAGCAAAGAUGGGCGCUCAUAGAGACUAUAUGGAGAAAAGUGUACCAUUCACUGCAACAAGGAGACACACUUACACACAAACACACACACACACACACCUUGUACUGUGGCCCAUUUAAGCAUGCUUCAAACACGGUCUUUAUGAAUUUCCAUCAAAUCAUAAGCUGUUAUGAUGGACUUAAUGACCUUAUUCAUUUGAGCUGUGUAUUGUGAAAUGUUUGAUGAAUUCAUAUGAAAAUGUGGUUGAGUAGACAGUGUUCCUCGUGUUUUCAUUGUGGCAAAAGACAUUUUAAUGUGCGUGUAUGUGUGUGUGUGCAUGAGUGUCAGGAGUGUUUAUCUGAUGUGUUUAAUGAUUUUCUUUGUAGCUCAGGGCCUCUGUUGCCCUCCUUCCCUCUCUCUCCUCCUCCUCUCUCUCUUCCUCUCUAUCCCUCUCUCGCUCACUCUCUGCUCUGUCAUUCAUUGAUCUUUUCAAGUUGGAAGUCUCUUGCCAGAAGCCAUUGCCGCAGUUCCGUAUGGACUGCAGAUAACAAAGAGAGGGGAAGGAGAUGAAAAGAUGGACUGAUGGAAGGAGGAGAGAGGAAAGAUAGAAAGAUCUAUAGACAGCUGUAGAAAACAAAUCUUUCAGUAAACCAUGAUUUUGUUUUAUUUUAAUUUACUUUGGCUCAUGUGAGGACUGUGAACAUGAAAUGUACUCAUUGAAUCCUGACUGAAGAUACCAUACUAACAUCAGUUCUACCAUAGGUUAUCCCUGCAAACCAUAUCUGGCCAGUUGCAGGUGACUGGUUUCACCUGAUAUUACAACAGUAACUUUGUACUCAACAAAACAUAAUGUAGGUCCAGACAAGUUCUGAAGAUUAAAAUAUCAUGAUGUUUUUUGGUUU